UAUUGAUGGUUGUCCCCACAGCCCCAGUACCUGUGAGGUGGCCGAGUGGUGCCACAGAGCCAUUGAGGACAUCCCAAGGCUCCUUCAACCCUCAGUGUGUCCGCAGAGCAUCCCCAAGGUGUCCCCAGUGGGCAUGGAGCUCCAAGAGCUGUCCCCAGCCCUGUUGCAGCCACAGGUCACCGUGGUGGCCAUCCUGGGCGAGCUGCUGGCCACCCUGCCCAGUCGGGACGAGAUGACUCUGCUGCUCACAUCAUCAGGUGCCUGUACUCGGGCCUGAUGUUCUUCACCUGGAAGCUCCAGGACACCCGAGACUGCAUUAAUGACACCUUGAGGCACCGCAAUGUCCUGUACGAUGAUGAUGACCCUGUCCCCUCCCUGAGCCAGGCCCUGGCUGCCUACAGGAGCAUCCCAGGGACCACCCAGAAGAGUGCGACAAUGGCGGCCAGCAAGUGGCAGGGGUUGGUGGAUGUGCUUGUGGACAGGUGGGCUGAGCUGGCUAGGAAGGCCACGGAGCUCCACAAGACCUGCAGGGAGGUGGCCACCAAGGCGGACGACGAGGCGGCCACCGCCACCGCCCGGGCAAGGAAGCUGCAGGACAAGGCUGCCCGUUAUGGGACAGCUCAGGGAAACGUGGUGGAGCUGGGUCAGGCCCUGGGCGGGGAGGAGGGGGCUGGGGUGGUGGCCGGGCAUGAAGCCCAGGUGAGGAGAGAUGCCAGGGUGGCUGCCAGCGAGGCAAGAAGGGCCAGCACGGUGAGACAGCGGAUGGAGGCGGCCCUGGGGCUGCUGGAGCGCUUGGUGGCCGCGUGUGACGAAGCCACCGCCUUCCCCCGGGAGCUUCAGCGCCCACUCGGGGACAUCAAGGCCAUCCUGAAGGGGACAAAUGAGGCUUCCCCCGAUGUCCCCAAGGACUUGGUGGCCAAGGUGGCCAUGGCCGAGCAGCUGUGGGAGGCCAACGCCCGCCUGGUCAAGGAUCACCUCGGGGGGACAGUUCGAGACAUCAUCAACUGCUAUUUCGGUUUUUGGCCCACCAGCCCCAGUGCCUGUGAGGUGGCCGAGCGGUGCCAAAGAGCCAUUGAGGACAUCCCAAGGCUCCUUCGACCCCCAGAGUGUCCCCAGAGUGUCCCCAGGGUGUCCCCAGUGAGCAUGGAGCCCCAAGAGGUGCAACAGGAGGGAGAGGAGGGUAGAAGGGACACUGGAGAGGACAAGGGGGCUGACGGGGGGUGCCAGCAGGAACAAGAGGCUGACCAAGGGACGGAGGGCCAGAGGGGACCCCUCAGGGGCACGGGGCCACUGCAGGAGGCCACAAGUGUCACCAGGUCUUUGACACCUCCGCAGCUGCAGGCGCUGGUGGCUGUGGUGGCCACCCUGGGUGAGGUGGUGGCCACCGUGACCGGGCCACACUGGGCCAAGUCCCCAAACUCCCUGCAUGAGGACCUGAAGAACUUCACCCAGAGCCUUCGUGCAAUCCUGAAUCAUAGUGCUGUCACCUCCCGGGGCCACCAUGGUUUCCCCUCCCUGGGCCGGGCCCUGGCCACCCUCAGGACAACUCCAGGGACCACCUGUGCUGAUGUGAGAGCCAGUGUGGCCAGCACCUGGCGGAAGUUUGUGGCCAAGAUUGUGGACAGAUGGGACUGGCUGGCCAGGGAGGCCACCAAGCUCUGUGAGAAGGUGGUCAUGGAGCAGCAGCUGAUGGUGGCCCUGGACAAGGAGGAGGUGGCCAGGGAAUUGGCCAUGCAUGAUGCCGAGGUGGCAGCAGCCACCAAUGAGGCCAUGGCAGAGGCUGUAGUGGCCACCAGGUGGGCAAUGGUGGCCACCAGGAGGGGACAUUGGGCAGAGGUGGCCUUGGGGCUGCUGCAGCACUUGGUGGCCACAUGUGACAGAGCCACCUUGUUUAACUGGAACAUGGAAUGGUGGCUCAGGGACAUUGAAACCACCCUGAAAGGGACAAAAGAGGUGUCCCCUGAUGACCCCGAGGCCUUGGUGUUCAAAGUGGUCAAGUUUCAGUGGCUGUGGGAUGUGAGCACCCGCCUGGCCAAGGAUCACCUGCUGGGGACACUUGGGGACAUCGACAAGAUCCUCUUGAGUCCUUGUGGUGACCAUGGUGGCCCCGAUGGCCCUGGCAGCCGCACGGUGGCCAAGCGGUGCCAAAGAGCUGUCGAGGACAUCCCAAGGCUGCUGCAGGAACGUUUCACAUGGGAGCAGUGACAUCACUGGGACAUUCCUGCUGUCGCCUGUUCCUUCCCGUGCAGUAUUCGAGACAGAUUUGGGGAAUUUUCUGGAAAUUUUCAAUGGUACUGUCCCAAAUCCUGAUGGGAAUUCCUGGGGGGGGGGGGGGGUGACAUCACUGGGGACACUCAGGGACAUGCAGGGACAGGGGUGAAUGAGUCCCCAGCAGCUUCCAGCUUUCACUGUGCCUGCAGCAGAGCCAGGUCAUAAAUUGCAAUUUUAUAAUUGGCUUCUGCAAUUCUGCGUUGCCUUCUGCACUUUUGUAUUGCCUUUUGCACUUUUUUAUUGCUUUUUGUAUGUUUCUAUUGCCUUUGACACAUUGUUAUUGAUCAUCACCAGUUUGAUAUGGCAUUUGAUGCUGAUAUUGAUUAUCGAUGAUUCCUUGUAGCUGCUGGUUGAUGCAAUAUAAUCUAUCAGUUUGUGUGUGCACCAUACAGCAUAUUAAUAAGUAAAUCAAUGAAUGAAUAAUUGAAUAAAUGAAUGAAUAAAUAAAUAAAUAAAUUCCCUCUGUAGGAAUCAACCAGGCUCAUCUGAACUCUGUGUGAGACACGUUACUUGACCCCUGUCACUGUCAUAUUUUCUGAAAAAAUCCACUUUGCCCAGGAUUCGUCUCCUGGGAAGCCUCAGAGAAUAAAACAAAAUCAUUGUCUGA